CGGAGGAUGGGGAUUUUUUUUUUUUCCUUUCCCCAUUCAGCUACGUCCCCUUUUUCCCUCCUCCUCCUUUCAAACAAGCCAGUCGGUCUGUCAAUGUGCUGCGAGCAUUAGGCCAAGUCAAAGCAGAGGGAUUCUGAGGCAGAGAGACGGAUGAGAUAACGAAUGAAGCGUUUUUCCUCUGGCCGAGAAGCGAAUCCAAAUGACGCGCUACAUCAGACAGGCGUCAAUUUCCAACCGGGACUGAUGCUCCCAACAACUCGCAUCUUAUCCUUUUUUUUUCUUUAAAUCACUUCGCAAGUUUCGCGUUGGUCUUUUGCGCCAUUCCGAGAGUGGAGGUGCUUUUCGAGCUCUUUGGUUUGUUUCUCUCAGUUUUCUUGUGUUUGAUUGUCGGACUCAUCGAUUUGGAUUUUGUCUUUGUUUUAAUUUCCGACAAAUCUGUUUGCUGACGGAUUUGCGGAUUUACAACCCGCGCUGAACCUGUGCGUUUCACAGAGAGGAGAAUAAGGAUUGCAAUGCGCAUUGACUCUAGCCCACCGAGCGUCAACAUGUCUUUAUGAGGAUGGAGCUGUGGACACGAGUGGCAUCUUUUUCCGUUUUAAACGCUUGACCCUGACAGUUUUUGGUCCGAUAUCGACUGUUUUUCCUUCUAACAGACUGACAACAUUUCUUUUCGGUCCAGCCUGACAUGUUGGAAGGUAGAUCUUCUUUGGAGAAAACAAGGUAAUGGGAGAGAAAUCACACAGAGUCGGCACAGAGAACAAGGGAACAUUGUUCGGAAAAAGACAAUUAGGGCGCACCGAAAAGCAACAGAAAUAGCUCUUGGGUGGCGAUACUUGUCAGAAAAUUCGAUUCAGUGGAGUUAUAUUUGAGCAGAGGAGCACUGCUUUGGAAACAAGGAGGACUGAUGACAAAUUAAUGGGAAAGUCAUGGGAUUGGCACUGAAAUAGUAACGACCGUGGAUGCGCAGAAAACCCCGUCGUUUUUUGGAGAUCCAGACGCACGGAUUGAACAAGUUUCUCCUGCACGUUUCAGAGUCUGCUUUUGGUUUGAUCCAGUCCAUUUUUGAUGAAUUGUGGCUCCAUGAGGUUGUACACAGCGGGCUUUCACUCCACACUUUGACUGCCUCUACCUAUAGCCUGCUCGGCUGUGGUCGCACAUCCAUUGUUUUGAGAACCUCCUCGCCACAGCAUUGAAAGUAUUGCCCAUUUCUUUUUCUUUUUUUUUCUUUUUAUAAAUGUGGCUGCAUAUUCUGGGUGUCAGGGUUGAAAUGGCGUGUCGAGGAAGUGGGAUUGGAUUGUGGAUCCUGCUGAUAUUCUUACUGGAUUUACUGGGGACGGCGGCCAGCAAUAUGGAGCCCAUCUACUGGAAUUCUCUGAACGAAAGGUUCAGGGACGAUAAGGGCUACGUUCUGUACCCUCAGAUCGGGGACCGGCUGGACCUCAUCUGCCCUCCGCUGGACACCGCCAGGUCCACGCCAGAGUACGAGUAUUACAAGCUCUACCUGGUGUCGCUGCGGGAACAGGCGGACCGCUGCGAGGUGAGCGGCCCCCCCAACAUCGUGCUGACCUGCGACGAGCCCACCCGCGAACGCCGCUUCACCAUCAAGUUCCAGGAGUUCUCGCCCAACCUCUGGGGCCACGAGUUCAAGAGCAUGCACGACUACUACAUCAUCGCUACGUCAGAUGGGACGCGUCAAGGCCUGGAUAGCAUGAGAGGCGGAGUGUGUGCCACGCAAGGCAUGAAGGUGGUCCUGAAAGUGGGGCAGAGCCCAUAUGGGCUGCCUCCGAAGAAGGAUCUGCCAGCGGGACGCACCACCAGCAGAAACCCAGGGGGAGCAGGGAACUCCACCCAAUCGCGAGGAGGACCCAACAGUUUUGGAAACGAGGGCGACGGGGAGAACGGGCCCCUUCAACCGUCCAACAUCGCCCUGAUCGCCGGCGCCGCGGGAGGCUCCGCCUUCCUCCUGCUGGUAACGGCUGUGAUCUGCGUGGUGUGUUACAGGCGGCGGCACGCCAAGCACUCAGACACCCACCACCCUCCGCUGUCGCUGUCCUCGCUCACCAGCCCCAAGCGGGGAGGGGGCGGGGGCCUCAGCAGCUCCAACAACAACGGUUCCGAGCCCAGCGACAUCAUCAUCCCUCUGCGGACGUCAGACUCGGCCUACUGCCCGCACUACGAGAAGGUGAGCGGCGACUACGGACACCCCGUCUACAUCGUCCAGGAGAUGCCGCCUCAGAGCCCAGCCAACAUCUACUACAAAGUAUGAGACGCCCGCUGCUACGGCCGACUGGACACAUCCACCCCCCCUCUCCCCGUUACCAGCCGAUCCCCUGCUCCAAAUGAAGCCACAGCAAAGCUCUCCAUCACAGCUCCAACUCCCUCAGUACUACCAGUAUUGUCCCAUGGACCCCCCCCCCCCACUCACUGCCCCGUGAGCCCGGCCACAGUUGUGUUUCUAGCUGAAUAAACCACCCCACCCCAUUCUCACACCAACUGGGCCACCAAGUGUGCGUUAAGGGCAAAGUCCAAUCGGUGCAUAGCCCUUCUUAACAAGGCCCUCACCAAUGGGCAAGAGCUUCUGAGUGCCCCCUUCUUGUUAACUCAGAGCUAAACGAGACCCACCCGUGCUGAAUUGAAGAGUCGUCCCCAUAACGCCCAUGUGUGUGUGUGUAUGUGUGUGUGGCAACACACUUUAUUUCUAGGAGUAUGGACCUGGUGUUGGGACUUGAGAGGUUUUACAAAAGAAAAAAAGAAAAGAAAAAGGACUACAACUGUAAAAA